AUGGCAAAAUACCCCCCCAUCAAACUCCCCCACCCCUUCCUCACCUCCUACCACGUCCUCCCCAUCCCCAAUACCUCUCCCAUCCAGCUCUCCCUCGUCUUUGACACCAACCAACCCUCCAACGCCCAUCCCCUCCCAGAACCCCUCCACGCCGCCAACCUUUCUUGGGUUGACCUAACUCACCCGAACGCCGACAAUGUUCCCCCGCUAAAAGACAACUCCCCCUGGGCACGCGCCCGUCGCAGCCCCAGCACCACCAUCUCCUGGACCGGCCCUCACACCGCAGGACUCGGUCCAGUAUGGAAUAUCAUCCACGCCAUCUUCCUCGCGCACCCGACUACCGAAACCUUCCGGCUCACGCUGUCCGGCACUGACUCUCACAUCCUCCGUGAUGGGCUCCUCCGCACCGGAUUGGCAGUUCCCCACCCCGUUCCACGAUGGGAUGCGCGCGCUGGACCACCGGGGGGGGGUAAAUCACCCGUCGGGACGGCAGAGACUGGCGAGGCAGAAUUAUUAGUGUUGAGGAGUGCCUUCUGGCAAGGCGCCGCGUCACCCACUGGCCCUCGACCGAUCUGGGUCGUGGGAUCCAACACCGACGGUCCAGCCUUCCAAACCAAGCCCCUAGCCGACUACCCGCCCAUGCCAGAAACCUUCCACCUAACCAACCAAUUCCCCGCCGGCGAACCCGUCUUCACACGGCACCCCGUCCGCCGCCCGAAACCAGCCCCCGGCUCGAUCGUCUACAGCCGGUAUGUGCCGGAAUUGGAUGUGCAUUUCUCGCUGGAGGCGGUGGAUUGGCGGGAUGAGGGGCAUUUGAGGCUGUUUCAUGAGUGGCAGAAUGAUCCGAGGGUUGCGGCGGGGUGGAAUGAGACGGGGACUGUGGAAGAGCAUAGGGAGUAUUUGAGGAGGUUGGAUGGGGAUAGGCAUGUGUUGUGUUUGUUUGGGCGGUUUGGGGAGAAUAGGUUUGCGUAUUUUGAGUUGUAUUGGGCGAGGGAAGACCACUUUGGCGCGCACUACGACGCCGGCCACUAUGACCGCGGCCGGCACUCCCUGGUCGGCGACGCCUCCUUCCGUGGCCCGCAGCGCGUCAACGCGUGGUACUCGUCGUGCAUCCACUACUGUUUUCUCGACGAGCCGCGGACGGCCAACGUCGUCGGCGAGCCCAAGGCUACAGGGGGGACGAUUCUGACGUAUGAGAAUGCGCAGGGGUUGACUAUUGGCAAGUAUGUGGAUUUGGGACAUAAACGGUCGGUGUUGUCGAUUUGUGGACGGGAGAAGUGGUUUCAGUUGUGUCCGUUGUUUUGGGAUGGUAGGGAGAAGCCGUUGGAGUCGGCCGAUCGCGCGGCCCAGUCUAUUUCCUACCUCUUCUUAUGCCUCUCUCACCUCCAUCAUCUCUCACGCUCUGCAUGGCGAGCGAGUAACGACAAAAUGAAAAUAACCAACACCUUAACAGGCUACAUCCGCCUCCUCCUAGCCGGACCCCCCUCCCGUUCCGACCUGCUGCUCCUCGCAACCGCCAUCCUAACCGCCAUCGCCUCGGGCGUCCCCUUCCCCUUGAUCGGCAUCUUCUUCGGCCAGCUCCUCAACGAUUUCAACGAAGUCACCUGCGUCGAAAAUGGCUCCUCUUUUUCUCCCUCCUCUUCGGAAGACACAGAAGCAUACCAAUCGAGCGUCAACACCAAAAUCCUCAUGAUAGUCUACCUCGCCAUCGCCCAAUUCGUGCUCAUCUACACCCACCUCACCUGCUGGACCCUCUACGGCUCGAGUCUCGCCCAACAUCUCCGCGAACGCUACCUCUCCACCCUCCUCCGGCAAGAACCGAGUUACUUCGACGGCGUGUUGCCCCCCGGCGAGGUAUCCUCCCGCUUAAGCGCCGACAUCCAAACGAUUCGCUCCGGCACGUCCGAAAAAGUCGGGAUUUGUCUGGCGAGUGUGUCCUUUUUUGUGACGGCUUACAUCGUGGCGUUUAUCAAGAACUGGGAGUUGGCGGCGAUGUUGUUGGCGCUGGUGCCGGCGUAUUUUGUCAUGUCGUUGGUGGGGAGUCAUUAUAUUGAGAAGUAUUCGGGGAAAGUGGUUGAUCAUGCGGCGGCUGCGGCUGCGGUGGCGGGGGAAGCGUUGAAGAAUGUGAUGGUUGUGCAGGCGUUUGGGGCGGAGAGGAAGUUGGAGGGGCGGUUUGCGAGGGAGUUGAGUCAGGGGAAGAAGGAAGGGUUGAAGAAGGCUACGGCGGUGGGCGUGCAGUCGGGGGUGUUGUAUUUUGUGGCGUAUGGGGCGAAUGGGUUGGCGUUUUGGCAGGGGAGUGGGAGGAUUGCGGAGGUCGUGAGGAAUGGAGGGGGGGAUGAUGGAGGGGCGACUGUUGGGUCGACGUUUACGGUCAUUUUUAUUUUGAUUGAGGCCACCCUCCUCCUCAGCCAAAUCGCCCCCUUCAUCCACCUCUUCAUCGCCGCCGUCGCCUCCUUCCGCAAACUCCAAACCGACAUGAACCGGUCCUCCCAAAUCGACGGCACCUCAAACUCAGGCAUCACCCUCUCAGACACAGACACAAAAGAAGGUCUCGGCUUCCACCUCCACAACGUCUCCUUUUCCUACCCCUCCCGUCCCGACACCACUGUCCUCGACGCCGUGGACCUGAAUAUCUCUGCCGGCCAGCACACGGCUAUUGUUGGGUUGUCGGGGAGCGGGAAGUCGACUAUUGCUGGUUUGCUCACGCGGUUAUACGACCCGACCGCUGGGUCUAUCACCGUCACCGGGGGGCAGGAUAUAAAGAAUCUAAACGUCCGCUCGCUGCGCAGUCACAUCUCCCUCGUCCAACAGGAACCCUCCCUGCUGGAUCGGUCAGUCCUGGAAAAUAUUGCUCACGGGCUGUUGAACUCUGCGGACGGGGACCAUGCCGUGCUGCGGGAUACACUACUCGGCCCCGGGCUAGGUGACUUGGCUGCUCAACUCCGCGACGGCGUCUCCUUAGACACUGCUUUGGCUCAAACAGAUGUCCAGAUCCAGGAGAUUAUCAAACUAGUCCAACGCGCAGCUACACUAGCCGACGCACACGCGUUCAUCACUGCGCUUCCGCAAGGGUAUGGCACGCUGGUGGGGUCGUCAGGGGGAAGGUUGUUGUCGGGGGGUCAAAGGCAGAGGGUAGCGCUGGCACGGGCGUUGGUGAAGGAUCCUGGGGUGUUGGUGCUGGAUGAAGCGACGGCUGCGUUGGAUGCGGGGAGUGAGGGGCGGAUUUGGGGGGGGAUUCAUGUUCUUUCUCAGGUUACGAUUGCGCAUCGUCUGGCGACGGUCAAGGGGGCGGAUCGGAUUGUUGUGCUGGAAGGGGGGAAGGUGGUGGAAGAAGGGGGUCAUGCGGAGUUGGUGGAAAAAGGGGGACGGUAUGCCGAGCUGGUGCGGUUGCAGGGGUUGGACCACGAUGACGCGCAGCCAAAAGGGGAGGUCGAAGUCGAAAGCAAAGAGCAAAAGUCAGGGGACAUGAGCAAAGAAAGCCAGGUCCAAGAAACAGUCAAAGAGACUGCGUCAGAAACCGACCCCGAAGAAACCCCCCCCGAAGAGAAACACACCCUCUGGGCCCUCGCCAAAGGCUACGCCCCCGCCAUCCGCCCUCACCUCCUCACUCUCACCCUCGCCCUCCUCGGCGCCCUCCUCGUCGGCGGUGCCUUCUCCGGCGAAGCCGUCAUCUUCGGGCACACCGUCGACGCCCUCAGCCUAUGCCGUCCACCCUCUAGCAUCCAAGCUAGCGGGCGCUUCUUCGGGUUACUCUUUUUUGUGCUCGCCAUCAUCGAGUUCUUUGCCAAUGCCGCUAGCUGGACGGGGUUUGGAUGGGUUACGGAGAAGAUGGUUUAUUCCGUGCGGGUGCUGUCGUUUCGGUCGUUGUUUGAGCAGGAUAUGCACUGGCAUCAGUCUAAGGGGCGAACCCCAGCUGUGUUGUUGGCGUAUCUUACCCGCGAUGGGAAUGCGCUGGCUGGUCUCAGCGGGUCGGUUAUUGGCACGUUGUUUUCGAUUACGGCCAAUUUGUUGGCGGCUAUCAUCAUGACGCAUAUCAUCGCCUGGCGUAUUGCGCUGGUCUGUCUGGCCUUGGUGCCUUUGUUACUCGGCGCUGGAUUAUUGGAACUGCAUAUCCUCGGGCAGUUUGAAGAGCGCCAUGAGACUGCCUACGCCCGGUCCGUCGAUAUCGGCACCGAGGCUGUGUCCUCCAUCCACACCGUCGCUGCCUUGGCCCUGGAAGAAGAAACCCUGCGCGUGUACCGGCGUUCGCUAAAAGAACCCCGCCGGGAUACUCUAAGAGUAACCGUCCUGGCCAGCUUAUGCCAGGCAACGACGUAUUUCCUAGGGAACUGUGUGAAUGCCCUGGCCUACUGGUGGGGCGCGAAGCAAAUCAUCGCGGGGAAUGUGACGACGGCCGAGUUUCUGAUUGUGGUUUUCUCACUGUUGGUGAGCGCGCUGCUUUGGAGUCAGAUGUUUGCGCUGGCGCCGGAACUGUCGAGUGCAAGGGCCGCGAUGGGGAGGAUUCUUUCUCUUGUCCAGAUCGGUCGCGAUGGGAUGCGGCAUCUCUCGGAUUCCCCCCUAGAAUCAGAGGACGCCUCAUCGGAGGAAAAGUCCCUCGAAACUCCCGGAAUCAAGAGAGACGAAAAGGAGAAACCCCCGCAGGUCACCCUCACAAACAUAACAUUCACCUAUCCCUCUCGUCCAACCCACCUCGUCCUUUCCAACCUCUCCCUCACCAUCCCCCCAGGCAGUUUCUGCGCCCUCGUCGGUCCCAGCGGCGCAGGCAAAUCCAGCAUUUUGUCCUUACUCACCCGCUUAUACACCCCGCAAUCGGGGAGUAUCACCCUCGACGGACUAGACAUCACCCGCUCCGGUGAUCUAUCAUUCAGAGAUGGUGUGGCGUUGGUUCCGCAGGAGAGUAUGUUGUUCGCUGGAACGAUCGCAUUUAAUAUCGGCUUGGGCGCACAACCAGGACGGGAGGCCACGAGGGAAGAGAUUGAUGAGGCCGCGAAACUGGCUAAUAUCCACGAUGUGAUUACUGCCCUGCCAGACGGGUAUGACACGCUUUGUGGGCCGGGAUCGAGCAACACCGACGGCGAGAAACCCUCCGGGGGAACCCAACUCUCCGGAGGUCAACGCCAACGUCUCGCCCUCGCGCGUGCGUUGGUACGCAAACCGCGGCUGCUGCUGCUUGACGAACCGACUAGUGCGUUGGAUGCCGCCUCGGAGAGGGCCGUGCAGGAUGGGUUGGAGAAGGUGUGUGCCGAGGGAAAGGUCACGGUGGUGGUCAUUGCGCAUCGGUUGAGGACGGUCAGGAGGGCGGACUGUUUGUUUUGGAUUGAGGCGGGGAGGUGUGUCGCGCAGGGGAGGCACGAGGAGUUGGUUGAAAGGUGUGAGGGGUAUAGGGAGGCGGUGAGGCUGCAGAGUGUUGAAUAG